UUUAGAAGCAAAAGAGAACUGCGCCUGCGCGGAGGGAUGUAAAACGCUGCGGACAGGAAGAAAUUUGUUCAAAAUGUUGCGGGGCGGUAUUGGUGAGAAUCCGGCGGUGCCCUGUAGUGUCGGGUCUCCCUCCUCGGGGUUAUAAGGAGGCGGACAGCAGCUCCUGUAUCGGGCGCUGUGCACACAUGGCAGUGGUGUGUGAGAGCGCCGCUGGCUGGCUACUGGAUGAAUUAGCUCUGGUGAACAAGUGGUAUGAGGCGGGAGGGGGGCUCGGCGGCGGGGCUCCCCCACUGCUGCACAACGAGCAAGACACGAAGGAUACGAAGGCGUCUUACAAGUUAAGAGAAGAUUUCUUCAGACUCUACAAACCUUACUUCACUCUGCAACCUGCCCCGGCACCUGCUGAGACCUGUGCCCCACAGAGUGACAGCGCCCUCAGCCGGUGCCCCCGUGUCAGGAAGAAACGCAAGCGACCCAUUGCUUAUAAUCAAGGAGAACUUGAUGCAUUGGAGUAUCACAAAGCGAUAAAUGAUCUAAUUUCAGAAGGAUCACGGCUGCUGAUUCAAGAAGGGUUUAACAAAGGGCUGCUUCACUCCCCAUCAGGGUCAGAAGAACAAGAAAGUAAAAUUGUAUCUAAAUUGUACGGCAACAAAAAGAACUUGGCUGAUCUCUGUGAUAUGUCCAAGGACAUGCCUUUGGUUUCUUUACCUGAAUAUGCUGUAAAGGUUCUUGACACAGAAAGUCCAUUUUCCCAUGAUGGAGACUAUUUAUUACACAUUACAGAAAACGCUUCAGAUUUUCCUCAGAUUAUCCACAUAAUGGGUGAGCAAUAUCUCAUACCACCCAAAAGUAACUUUCUACUUUCAGAUAUUUCAUACAUGGAUCCCCUUCUGCAUUAUAAAAAAUAUGGUAUCAUAGUAAUUGAUCCACCCUGGGAAAAUAAAUCGGUCAAGAGGAGUAAAAGAUAUAAUUCUUUAUCUCCUUCGAAAAUUAAAGAACUUCCUAUACCUGCUAUGGCUGCCCCAGAUUGCCUUGUUAUAACUUGGGUGACCAAUAGGCAGAAACAUUUGAGAUUUGUCAAGGAAGAGUUGUAUCCCCAUUGGUCUAUCAGAAGUCUAGCAGAAUGGCAUUGGGUAAAGAUAACCCAAUCUGGAGAAUUUGUGUUCCCCAUUGACUCAGUUCAUAAAAAGCCAUAUGAAAUUCUCGUACUUGGAAGACUUAUGCAUUUAGAUAAUUCCACAUCAAGAGAGUUGGAAACUUCCUUACCACCUAUUCCCGAGCAUAAGAUUAUAGUGAGUGUGCCCUGCAGCCUUCAUUCCCACAAACCACCUCUUUCUGAGGUUUUGAAGGAAUAUGUCAAGCCAGAUGUGGAACGCUUGGAGCUGUUUGCCCGUAACCUGCAGCCUGGAUGGACUAGCUGGGGCAAUGAGGUCCUCAAAUUCCAGCACAUGGAUUAUUUCAUUCCCCCUGAGACGGAAAACUGACCCAGGUCUAUUAGCUUUAAAGGAGUUUUUUUAUACAUUAGAAUUGCUUUUUAUUACCAACAGCACACUUAGAGAUCUGUGUAAAUAGAAUUGGACAUGUUGCAAUAAGAAAUCCAUGGCGUGGGUGACUCUUGGUGUGCAACUUGAAUGCUAUUGUCUUAAGAUGAACAGAUUGUCUUUUUGUUAGCCUCAAAUAGCUUUACUGUGAAAUGAAGAAGGGAAUUGCAUCUAAACCCUUUAUUUACCACAGUGUAGCCCUGUUUCCUGGCGGCAGAAAGGUUAAUUGUCUAGCCUAAAAGGGAAUAUAAAUAAAAAUCUGCAGUAAAAUAGAAAGGGAAUAUACAUGCCAUUCUGUGCCAGCAACAUAAGUCCACCUAGGCAUCUCAGUAAUAUUGUAAAAUAGCGUAUAUUUCCCAGAUGUAUUCAAUGACAAUUUUAUCACAUUCCAUUUCACAUGUUUAAGGAACAACCUGUUAUGUGCAAAGAGAUCCCAGGAAAACAGUGAUCUUGUCAGCAAUCCAUAUCUAUAUAUCUCUAUAACACUUCUCUGCCACAGCAUUAAGGCCAGUGUGUGCUAUUUCAUUAUACAUAACAUUUUCCAUGAUUAGAUGCCUCAAUCAUAUGAAUAUGCCAGGAUAGCUAUUAACAAAACCAAUGCCUCUCCUGACAUGUCUGUUUUAGUAAAUGCUUGCAUUCAGCAUUAAAUUGCUCAGUAGUGUAUUACUUAGAAAUCUGCAUUGUGUGAUUUCACUGUUGUUCCUCCUGUAAAAGUAUGAAUAAGCCAACAACUGUGUUUUACAUUUGUCAGUAAAGCUACAUGCUGGCACUAUCAUGUUGAUAAUUUUUUCUACAUUUUAAUUACAAUACAGAUAUGUUAGGAAUACAGAUAUGACAGGUCUUUAUUAAAUUUGGAACUCCCACACUAUAAAAUAAAUCUCUCCAGAGUGCUCUGGUGGGCCAAAAUAAAAAUUAUACUCACCUGCACCAAUCCCCCCUCUGUGUGCUUGGUAAUUUUUUUGAUUCAGCUUGCAAGAAGUGCCUGUUAAGUCAAUUACUGACUAUAGUGGUAACCAGCAAUUGGUGCACUUCCUGCAUGUUAAAAUGCAGCAAAUAAUUGGGGUAGAUGAGUAUGUGGUGUUUGGAUUGUUUUUUUUUUGCAUUUUUAGCCCAGCCUAUUAAGGCUUCUCCCACAAAUAUUGUUUGUUGAUAAACAAUAUUUAUUAUGUCAUUAUGUCUUGGAAGCUGUAGCAUCUUUUCUGCUUCUCAGGAGACUUGCUCAACUAGUUCAAUUGCCGUCUCAUUUUCUGUCGAGCAGAGUAGAAGCUGCAGCUUCAGAGGCAGCCAAUUCACCACACCAGGGAUCCACGAACUCAGUGAAAAAGAGAAACAUGCUUGUCCACUUUAGCUCAUUUAAAGAAGGUAACGCGGUACAAAUAUUGAAAAGAAACAGCAGGUGGCACUAUAAUAUUAUUUUAAUAAAAAUAAGUAUUUUAAUACGUGUACAUACAAAAAAUUUACACAUUCUCAAAUGUUCUAUUCAGCAGCCGGGCAUGUUUCUGUUUUGUAUUUCUGUAGUCAAUCGUUUUAGUGCCGUCAAUCAGAAUUUUUUGUGCCCCUGAAACUCUCCACCAUUGCUUACCAUGUCGGUAAGCUUUGAGGACUGAAUUGGAAGAAAGCAAUUUAAGUAGCCAAUUCCUUAGAGCCAUUUUCAAUUUUUGUCAGUCAUAGAAGCAAAUAAUGUGCCACCCAUUGUUCAUUAAAAUGGUAUCAAAUGUCUCCUAUAAGUUUUGUGACAAUAGGAAGACACAAUUUUAUAGCAAGAAUAUAAUAAAGAGCACUGUGGAUGAUCUUGCAGAGCUACAAAUUAUUAUACUUAUGGGCAAGCCAAAUAAUUUUAACUUGACCGCAAUCUAAAUGGUCCUUGUUCACACUAACUGCUAGAUGUGGUAAUGUCAUUCUUUUAUAUUAACUUUUAUACUUAUAUGCUUGUAAAACAAUUACUGAACUGUAUCCAGUGGAAGAGAAAAUAAACUCAAUGAGGUAUUUUAUUUAUGAUAAACCGAAAUUUGUUUCAUGUUGCUUAUACAGCAUUUGGCUUUUCUGUAGUAUUGUACAUAGAUGAUAAUCACACAGUUUCUUGUUUUACUGGGGCAAUAUAAUUUAUUUCUCAGACGUACACGCUUAUGCAAUUCCAUUGGGUUUCAAUUAACCUAUUAGUAAGGGUUGGAUUUAUUAUAAUGUAAUUAAAUGUUCUUACUAUAAAUGGAAGUAUUUUAUAUAAUGUAUUGGCAUUUCUAAUAAAAAAAUAUCACAUUUACUGUAUUUUUUAUGACUAUCAAAUAAAGACAUAAAACUUACUAAUACAGUGUUGUCACAAA